UUUUGUUUUUGUUUUGUUUUGUUGUUGUUUUUUAGACAAAGUCUCGCUCUGUCACCCAGGCUGGAGUGCAGUGGCGCGAUCUCAGCUCACUGCAAGCUCCACCUCCUGGGUUCACGCCAUUCUCCUGCCUCAGCCUCCCCCCGAGUAGCUGGAACUACAGGUGCUCACCACCAUGCCCGGCUAAUUUCUUUUUGUAUUUUUAGUAGUGGGGGUGGUUCACCAUGUUAGCCAAGAUGGUCUCGAUCUCCUGACCUCAUGAUCCACCCAUUUCGGCCUCCCAAAGUGCUGGGAUUACAGGCAUGAGCCACCAUGCCUGGCCACUACACAUGUAUUUUUAUGGUAAAGUAUUUUUUGUUGCUACGUUUUAAGUACCAUUGCAGGCUGGAAAAAGUCACUUUGUAGUGGUUCAGAAUGAGCAAUUAAAUGACUAUGAAAAGGUCUGACUGGUAUUGUACUUUCUGCAGGGCUCUGAAAAGUAAAGCUAGAUGUCAAGACAAGUGAUAAAGACUACCUCAUCACUCACAUUGACCAGUUACAAUGUAGCCAAAGAACAUUUUGUUUUCAGUGCAAUUAAUAACCCAUGUGGUUCCUUGUAACACUUUUUAAAAUAAUAACCUAAAGUAAAAGAAAUAUGCAUUAAUUUUCUCUCUAAUGGCCUUUCUAAACCUCUGUGAGGCCCUAAUUUGAUCAUGGCACAGUCCUUCCUGAUCCUGGACACAUACCCAGGACCAUUUCCCUGCAAUUCCUAGUCCAGAAUCCACUACUAAGAAAUCCCAAAUGUCAUCCUUCAAUGGUAUGAUUUACUAAUGAGAUGUAAAAGUUAAGGAUAAUACAAGUUUUUCAUACAGCUAGGUACAUUCAAUUUUCUUUUUACCCUGAGAUUAUGCUCUCACACUUGAUGUUAAAAUGUCCUUCUUAAUGAAAUGGAAGUGUGAUUGUAAAUUUUUUUGGAAAUAUCCUUACUUGGGAAAAUAAACAUCAGGCCCCACGUUUUUUACAUUAAUUUAUGAAAUACAUAAGUCAGUGAGCCUCCCCUUAAAAGAUAUCUUCUUUUAGUCGUGCUUUUACAUUUUAGAAAUUUCUUUUUUUUUUGAGACAGUCUUUCUCUGUCACCCAGCCUGGAGUGCAGUGGCACAAUCUUGGUUUACUGCAAACUCCGCCUCCCGGGGUCAAGUGAUUCUCGUUUCUCAGCCUCCCAAGUAGCUGGGAUUACAGGUGUGUGCCACCAAGCCUGGCUAAUUUUUGUGUUCUAGCAGAGAUGGGGUUUUACCAUGUUGGCCAGGCUGGUCCUGAACUCCUGGCCUCAAGUGAUCUGCCCACCUCAGCCUCCCAAAGUGCUGAGAUUACAGGUAUAUUUUAGAAAUUUAAUUGAAAAGAAAUGGUAAGAGAAUAUGACAUACAUGAGAACUGCCUAGAUACCUUAUUAUUAGUGACAAUGCUGCUGUUGUCACUAUGGCUACAUUCUUCUCCUAGGGACAUGGAAAGAUUGGACAUCCCCACCUCUGAAGUUAAGGCAUGCCAAAUGGCCUGCUUGGCUAAUUAAAUAUAAGACAAAGUUAUAUGUAUUUCUCAUGGGUAGAAAUGUUAAUUAGAGCAUGGCUUACUUUUGCCAUGCCAAUCAGCAACACUUCAGAUGGGGCAGGGUGUCAGGCUAGGUUUCACAGUGAGAAGCCUGUACUAAGGGAUCAGGAACAGAUCUCAGGUGACCCAUGAUAGACAGGCAGCACAAGAGAGAAAUAGACUUAUGCUAGUAGCCACUGAAACAUCAGGACUAUUUGUUACCAAUACUGAAGAGUAGAAUUGCUUUUCAACAGAAUAAAAAAUCUGAGGAUAUAAAUUCCCCUACAAUUUAAAAAGAAGCAAAAGAUAUGAACACAUGCUUCACCAAAGAAGGCAUGUUAAUGGCAAAUAGGCACAUGAAAAGAUGUUCAAUCUCAUUACCCAUUAGAGAAAUACAAAGUAAAACCAUAAUGAGAUACCACAGAACACUUAUCAGAAUGACUAAAAAAAAUACGGAUGAUACCCGAAUACAAAAAUACAAUUUAACUGGAUCUCUAAUACAUUAAUAGUGGGAAUACAAAAUGAUACACCUACUCUGGAAAGUAAUUUGGCAGUGCAUUGAUAACAUUAAACUCACACUUACUACGUGGCCCAGCAAUCACACUUCUAGAUAUUUACCUUGAAUAGUGGUUGGCAAACUACUUCCACGGGUCAAAUCCAACUUUUAUUUUAAGAGUGUGGUAAAACUGGGCGCAGUGGCUCAUGCCUGGCUGCUUCCUGCUGGUUGUCUGCUCUCAAACCCUGUCUCCUGAUAAGAUGUUAUCAAUGACAAUGCGUGCCUGAAACUUCAUUAGCAAUUUUAAUUUCGUCCUGGUCCUAUGAUCUCGCCCUGCCUCCAUUUGCCUUGUAAUAUUUUAUUACCUUGUGAAGCAUGUGAUCUCUGUGACCCACACCCUAUUCGUACACUCCCUCCCCUUUUGAAAAUCACUAAUAAAAACUUGCUGGUUUUGCGGCUCAGGGGCAUCAAGGAGCCUGCCGAUAUGUGAUGUCUCCCCCGGACACCCAGCUUUAAAAAUUUCUCUUUGUACUCUUUCCCUUUAUUUCUCAGAUCGGCCGACACUUAGGGAAAAUAGAAAAGGACUCAUGUUGAAUUAUCAGGUGUGGGUUCCCCCGAUAAAGGUGGUGCCAUCUCCACAAAACAAGCUGGGUGAAUCUCCAGGCCCAGAGGAGAGGCUGGCAGAGAUGCUAACAACUGGCAAGUAUGAAGUUUUCCCCAUGAGCCAGGGAAAAGAGGCAGGUGGUCACCCAGCUCAUGUGCAAUUCUGAAAGGCUUUCUGCUUCAGGCAUGUUUCUAAUCCCACUGAUUGAGCUCCUGGAGUUUUUCUGUUUGGGAGUUAGACUUGGCCAGAACUGCUCCCCUACUUAUGGUUGACAGAUGCAAUACAGGAUGCCAACUCACAUUUGUAUUUCAAAUAAACAACCAGUGAUUUAUUUUGAAGAAUAAGUAUAUUCCAAAUAUUGCACAGAAAAUGCAUGUACUAAAAAUUAAUUCACUGUUUAUCUAAAAUUCAAAUGUAACUGGGCAUCCUGUAUCUAUAUUUGCUACAGCUGGAAGCUCUACGUGACCCAGCAUUUGACACAGCUUUUCAUUUUUCUGAGAAUGUAAGGGGUUCUUAGGUUAUGUUUUAAGGAAUUGUCUGAAAUUACAGAUUGCCUACAUCCUUGCUUCACCUCACUAAGUGCUUACAGUAACCUCCAAUCUCUGAAGCUGAUUAAAGUAUUAUAGCAAAGAGUAAUAUAAUUCAUUUGAGUUUCAUUUUCUCCCUACUCAGCUUCUGGAAUAGUGUACUGCAAAUAGAAUGGCCUUAAGGCCAUCUAAAUAGAGGAAGGGAGAAAAGAAGUUAUGAAUAAACCAUAGAUAUUUAUCAAUAUCUGAACAAUCUGGAUUUGAUUCCAGUUUUAAUUAUGUGGACUUGUUAGUUCUUCCUCGUGCUUCAGUUUCAAGUAUUGAACAACAAAUAAGUCAUUUACAAUACCUCUAAGCUAAAUAUUGAUUCAAAGAACAAAGACCAUUACAAUUCAACUUUUUCAACACAGGCUUAGCUCACUCUCCAAUGGGUAUCUUUUUUUUUUUUUUGAGACCGAGUCUCGCUCUGUCACCCAGGCUGGAGUGCAGUGGUGCAGUCUCAGCUCACUGCAAACUCCACCUCCAGGGUUCAAGUGAUUCUCCUGCCUCAACCUCCUGAGUAGUUGGGAUUCCAGGCAUGCACCAUCAUGCCUGGCUAAUUUUUCUAUUUUUAGUAGAGUCAGGGUUUCGCCAUGUUGGCCUGGCUAGUCUCAAACUCCUGACCUCAGGUGAUCUGCCCACCCUGGCCUCCCAAAUGCUAGGAUUACAGGCAUGAGCCAUCGCGCCUGGCCGGGUGUGUUUUAAAACAGUGUGCCGAGUCAAAACGUCUUUUAGACAUAUUCCUUUUUUUUAAUUUUAUUUAUUUAUUUUUUUUUGAGAUGGAGUCUCACACUCUGUUGCCCAGGCUGGAAUGCAGUGGUGCGAUCUUGGCUCACUGCAAGUUCCGCCUCCUGGGUUCAUGCCAUUCUCCUGCCUCAGCCUCCUGAGCAGCUGGGACUACAGGCACCUGCCACCAUAUCCGGCUAAUUUUUUGUAUUUUUAGUAGAGACGGGGUUUCACCGUGUUAGCCAGGAUGGUCUCAAUCUCCUGACCUCGUGAUCCACCUGCCUCGGCCUCCCAAAGUGCUGGGAUUACAGGCAUGAGCCACCACGCCCUGCCUACAUAUUCCUUUCGUAAAAAGCAAACAGAGACCUGUUUAAGGGUAGUAACCAGCAUGCUGGAUUUUACUAACAAAAAAAGAGUUUGGAAACCCCAGUUACAAAUUUUGCAAAUGAAUCACAUUUGAGGCCUGAACAAGUUAGUAGUUUGCAAAAAGGACAUCUAAAGCACGUUGAGAGUUGGAAUCUCCUCUCCAUGCUCAGAAGCAAACAGUGACAGAGUUGAAAGGGAGAUUCAGGGAAGAAUUAGAGGGGGAGAGUAUAUUAGCUUUAUCUUGGGUACCCAAUAUAUCCCAAGACUCUAGGAUGCCUUAUUUACAUCCAACUUUACAUUAACCCUGUGAGAUUAAUAAAAAACGAAAGGCUCAGAAGAGAUAAGUAUUAGAAAAGUUACACAGCUAUUAGGGGGCAGUUUAAAUUCAAACCCAUAUAUUUAGAAUUCCAAAGCAAUGCUUGUCAAAUGUAGACUUAGCACCAACUUUAUUCUUAUAAUCACUAAAUAUAUUGAUUUAAUUCUCCUAACCUCAUGAGAAAGUACUAUUGAGUACAAACAUCAAGUGAGAAUAAGAGCAGUGUUUGUAGUCAAGAUCACUUUUCAAAUUAUUUGGAACCUCCCAUCUUCCCUGGAUCUAUUUUCAAUCCCAGUCAGUCAUCUUUGGGUCCAGAAGCAUAUCCUCCCCCAUCUCCCAGCCCUCCCCCUCUAGCACACAACGCACUAGAGAAAACUGCUAAGGCAUUGCUGAAUAUCUACCACUCUACUCUGACGGCACACAGGGCCAAAAAGACUAUAGAAUAAAAUCUAACUGAAAAAUUAUAGGUGAUUUUUAAAAGUCUGUUUAAAUGCAUAUGCAUCCCAGGCAUUCCACCUGGCAGUCUCUGUCUCAAGGGCCCAUCCACCUCACCAUGGUCUGGAGGGAGGGGAUGAGGAAUAGGGAAAGCCAAAGAAUUGAUCUUUUCUGAGUUUGCAGCCAGAACAUGGGCCACAGAGAAAUGGUGAACAAAGUCACCCAUUAUUAUUAACAGCUACAAUUUAUUCAACAUUUCCCUGUUGCCAAGCAUUAAAUAAGCUGUUUUAUCUCCCCACAACCAUGAGGUAGAUAAUGUUAAGAUCCCCAAUUCAGACCUGAGGAAAAGCGUGAUAUGAAACAGAGAAAGAUUCUGUAACCUGCCAUUGCCCACAGCUACUGGGAGUUGGCAUAGGAUUCAAAUACAGGCAGCCUGACUUCUCUCUGAAGGAUGUCAAGCCACAGCCACCAUACUCACCUAGUCCCCACAUAAUGAUGGCCCAAGGAACUCGCUUCCUCAAUUUUUGCUUAGUUUUACUCAUUCAUUCUUUCGAGAAAUAGAAGAAUGCCAGACACUAGGCAUACAGCUAUCAAACAGUGAGAAAACAACAGGCCCCAUUUCAUGUGCCUUAGAGUGUAGUGAAGGAGACAGAAAAUGCCAACAAGUAAACACGCAAAAACUAACUGUCAAUGGUUGCUCUAAAGGAACACAAAGUGCCAUGAGCAAGGAAAUAGGAGGGACCUACUUGAGAUGACACAGAAAGUCAAAGAGGCUUCUCCAGAAAGGGGGCAUCAAAGCUGGGACACGAAUAAAGAGAAUCAGACAGCCAGACACACAAGAGCCGACAAGAUCUCCAGAAGGAGUGCUGCCAUGGGGAGCAAGUGUGGCAUGGCCCUGGGGUGCAGGCCAGGCCAGGGGCAGGGACUGAAGCAAGUUGUGAAAUUUCUGAUUAUCAGGGGCAGAAUGGAUUCCUAAGGCAGCCACUGUCUUCUGUUAACUCUGGAGUUUUCUGCAUCCCUUUUGCUUUAAAUGAGGCAUACAUGUUUUCAUAGCUGUGAUGAAACCCCUACAAAGGAAGGAGACUUCUCCAGUUUAGCAUUAUUUAUUUUACUCUUAAAAAAUAACAAAGCUGACCCUGGCAGAUGUUUGUACUGGGAGAUUCAGAUCCAUCCAGGCCCCCACUGUUAAUAGCCCACGGGAAGUCCCUGCAGUCUCUCAGGGAAGUCAUUCUGUGUAGAAUCUGUAAUUUCACAGGCAAGUCCUGCAACUUUUUAAUUGUUUAAAAUUCCCAGAAGGAACAAUUACUGAAAUUAUCUAUGAAGGGUUUAAUGGACACAGAGAUGAGAGCUAUAAACAAUGUGAUACUAUGUCCUGUUAACUCACAGAGAACGGAAGGGCUGGAACGGGACCCAGCCAGCAGGGUUUGUGACCGCCUCUGCUGUGACGUCACAGCCUGGUGAGGAGGGGGCUGAAGUUCCUCAGGAAACUCCAGUGGACAAAUUCAUAAACAAGAGCUCCAGUUCCCUGGAACCUGAAUCGGGAGGCCUGCAGCUCACUUUCUCCCUGUUUGCUGGCCAGCAGGGUUUGUGACCGCCUCUGCUGUGACGCCACAGCCUGGUGAGGAGGGGGCUGCAGUUCCUCAGGAAACUCCAGUGGACAAAGUCAUAAACAAGAGUUCCAGUUCCCUGGAACCUGAGUCGGGAGGCCUACAACUCACUUUCUCCCUGUUUGCUGGCCCAGACAGGCCUGUGCUAGAGGGCUGGAUAGUGUGGUAGUGUGGUGGAUAGAGUGCUGCCUCUAUCCACAACGCAGCCAUAUGCUGACUGAAAGAUAACUUUGUGUCUGGAAGAGCCCUCUGAUUUCUUACACUAAUGGCCUUACACGAGAUGGAGGAUUUUACAUUUGAUGGAACAAAGCGCUUAAGUGUCAACUACGUGAAGGGAAUUCUUCAACCCACAGACACCUGUGACAUCUGGGAUAAGAUCUGGAACUUCCAAGCCAAGCCUGAUGACCUGCUUAUUUCUACCUAUCCUAAAGCAGGAACAACAUGGACUCAGGAGAUAGUGGAAUUAAUACAAAAUGAAGGUGAUGUGGAGAAAAGUAAACGGGCACCGACUCAUCAACGAUUUCCUUUCCUCGAAAUGAAAAUCCCAUCCUUAGGAUCUGGUUUGGAACAAGCUCAUGCAAUGCCCUCACCACGGAUCCUGAAAACACAUCUUCCCUUUCACUUGCUGCCACCAUCCUUGCUAGAGAAAAACUGUAAGAUAAUCUAUGUAGCAAGAAAUCCCAAGGACAACAUGGUGUCCUAUUACCAUUUCCAAAGAAUGAAUAAAGCACUUCCUGCUCCAGGAACAUGGGAAGAGUAUUUUGAGACUUUUCUGGCUGGGAAAGUGUGCUGGGGCUCCUGGCAUGAACAUGUGAAAGGAUGGUGGGAAGCCAAAGACAAACACCGUAUUCUCUAUCUCUUCUAUGAGGACAUGAAGAAGAACCCAAAGCAUGAAAUUCAGAAGCUGGCAGAAUUUAUUGGGAAGAAAUUAGAUGACAAAGUUCUAGAUAAAAUUGUCCAUUACACUUCAUUUGAUGUCAUGAAACAGAAUCCAAUGGCAAACUAUUCAUCGAUUCCUGCUGAAAUCAUGGACCACUCCAUUUCUCCAUUCAUGAGAAAAGGGGCAGUGGGAGACUGGAAGAAACACUUCACUGUGGCUCAGAAUGAGAGAUUUGAUGAAGAUUACAAGAAGAAAAUGACUGAUACCAGACUAACUUUCCACUUCCAGUUCUAGUAAGGAAGAAAAACAACUGAAAAUGUUUUAGUUUAUUACCUAGUAUAUUUGGGUAAUAAUGAAAGUUUAAUUCUCAUAACAAAUGAUAUCAGAUUCCAGUUAUCAGAAUAGUUUAUUGUGUUUGCUCUUAUUCACUCUACUAAAAAAUUAUUUUAAAAGGCUGGAGGCAAAGUGGUGACAGGCAGCACGGUGGCGACAUGGAGAGAGGGAAGCUCAAUAAAUCACUAGGUACAAUCCUGGUAUCAUUGCCAAUUAUCAUCAUAUUUACAUUUUCUACAAUCAUGUGCUUUUUAACAUAUUGGAAAUGCUUCAGUCCUCACAUGAUAAUACACUAACAUUUUCAGAUUAAAUUUUGGUUCAAGUUAAUUUUUUUUUUUUUUUUUUUUGAGACGGAGUCUCGCUCUGUCGCCCAGGCUGGAGUGCAGUGGCACGAUCUCGGCUCACUGCAAGCUCUGCUUCCUGGGUUCACGCCAUUCCCCUGCCUCAGCCUCCCGAGUAGCUGGGACUAUGGGCGCCCACCACCACUCCCAGCUAAUUUUUUUUUUUUGUAUUCUUAGUAGAGACGAGGUUUCACCGUGUUAGCCAGGAUGUUCUCGAUCUCCUGACCCCAUGAUCCACCCGCCUCGGCCUCCCAAAGUGCUGAGAUUACAGGCGUGAGCCACUGUGCCCAGCCGGUUCAAGUUAAUUUUUAAAUGCAUCACUAACGUGUAAAUAGUGACUGUUUGUUCCAGCAAUUUUUUGGUGGUGAAGUAACCAUCAAGUGAUUCAGGUUCCUCUUGGAACCCUCCAAGAAAAACUUCAGGGUCUUAGUGUAAUACAUCUGUCCCCAUCUCUCACUGGCGUAUAUAUUUAACUGGACUCACUCUCCCACCCUCAGCUAAUGCUACAAUCCUGGAUCACCUCUUGACUCAUCUUUCCCAUUGCCACCACAAUCCAUUCUAAUCUGUCAGCAAAAUCUGUCAGUUUUAAUCUACGAAAUCUCUUACAAUAUUUCCGUCUAACCAUUCCUUGUUUUCCUUCUAUUUCUAUAGCCACCCUUCUGGUUCAGAAACCUUUUACUUCUUGCCUCAACUAGUGUAAUAGCUUCCUAACCCAUUUCUCUCUAUUUCAGACAGAUGGCAAGGUUAUUUUCCUUAAAAAGAUUCUUAUUAUGUUGUUCCUUAGCUCAAAAUCCUUCAAUGACUGAACUUUCACUGCCUGAAAGAUAAAUCCCAAGAUUUUAGCCAUGCAUUCAAGAGCAGCUAUAACCAUAAUGACUCCAGCCUUCACUUCCAGCUUCACCUUCCAAACCACCUCCAUAUUCCAGCAAAUUAGCCUACUUACUGGGUCCUAGUCACAUCUUACCACUUCCUACCCUCCCAGUUUUAUUUAUACCAAGCCUCCUCCUGAAAUUUCUCUUCCUUUCUUUCUACCUACCCAAGACAUACCACGUGCUUCAAUAACCAGUCCCUUCCUCCUACAAACACUACAACCUGGAAAGCACUCUUGCUUCUCUGAAGUCCUCUAUACUUAGUGUAACUCUUCUGUGAUGAAGAUUAAAGUGUAUUAUGGCAA